ACAACAGCAACAAAAACAACUUCAAAUCAUUGAUAGAUUAAUCGUAAUUUCUUAUUUUCCAUUUUCCAAUUAUUUUCAUCAUCAUUCAAUGAAGCCAAACAAUGUUGUCAACUAACUUUGAAUCAAAUGUGUCAAAAUAGUUGCCAUAAUUCAUUCAAUGAAUUUUGUAAUGAUGAUUAUUAUUGUAGUGAUAAAUCAAAAAUUUUGGAUCAAAUAGAAAUUUCUUGUGAUAAACCAUUGGUCAAUCUCGAAACGGAUGAACUUUGGGAUUGUCUUUUAACAUCGGGUUAUUUUAACGGUGAUAAUGAUCUCAAUGAUGGCCAUAAAAAUAUUGAAAGUAUAUCAAAUGAAAAAUCAAUGAAAAAAUUACAGAUCAAUACAGUGGAUAAAUCAUAUUACGGUGGAAUGAAUCCAGCAAAAUUUGUUUGCUGUGAAAGAGCACAACAGAAAAAAUGUCGAAAACUUUGUUAUGAAACAUAUUCUAAUAAAUGGCUGGAAUCAUGGCAAAAUUUUGAACAAUUCUGUCAACGAUCAUCGAAUGAAAUAUCAUUGAAUCAAUGCCUAGAUGAUGCCGAUAGCCUAUGCACUUAUAAAUGUCCGAUAAAAUUACAUUUUUGUCAUCACUUUAAUAACUUCGAAUAUCCAUUAAGAAAUUGUAAUCGAAAUUCUGAUAAACAAGCCGAGAAAAUGUUUCAUUUAUGGAUUCUACAAAACAUGACUGGAUUAGUAACGAAUGUUUCAAAUCAAAACCAGAUGGAAAUGUGGAAAAAUCUAGCAUGCCUACUACAUAUUCGUCCAUGUAUGCCACAAAAUCAUGAUCCAAUGCCAAUCUGUCAAUCAAAUUGUGUUGAACUUUUUCAUCAUAAUAGUCUUAAUAAUCAAAUUGAAAUGUUGGACAAAAAUAUUGUUUGUGAUUUUUUAGACAAUACCAUUCAUAGAUUAACAAAAGGAUCAUCAGAUCUUUUAUUUUCAAGAGAAAAUCCCGAAAAAUGUUUGAAUCUAAACCGUAUGACGAUAAAAUCAGAUAAUCGAAUUUCCACUUAUUCGGUUACUUCUCGCAUGAAUGAAGAAGAAUGUUUUUGCCAAAAUGAUCAUCAACAAUGUUCAAUCAAUCAUGAUUGUUUCAUAAAUGAUUGUCCUCGUAUUCGAUGUUCCAAUAUUUGUAGUAUCGGAAAAUUAUCUGAACUAAAAAUAUCUCUAGAUACAAGUAUUAAAUUGCCAAUGAUCCAAUCAUUUGAUAAUAAUAAUAAUCAUUUGAAUAACUGUUAUCAUCAAUGUUAUUGCAAUCCAAUGGGAACAUUAGUCGAUUGUUAUUAUCAUUGUUUUUCCAAUACUUCGAUCAAUGAGAAACAAGAAUGGAUAAAAUUGAUCCAGGAUCAAUUAUUUUGUAUGUCACAAUGUUCCGAUACUUAUGAACCAAUUUGUUCGUUUAAAACUGGUCAUACUUAUUUGAAUAAAUGUUUUUAUGAAUGUUUUCAUAAUGAAUCGGAAUUUGAAAUGGAAUAUAUGUUUGGCCGAAAUUGUCGAAGAAUUGGUGAUGAUUUCAAAAAAAUUUGUCUAAAAAAUAAGAACAAAGAAAGUUGUAUUAUGGAUGAUUCUGUUCAAUUGUUUGAAAUAAAAGAAAUGCGAAUAUCUAUCGAACGAUUACAAUACAUAUGUGAUGAUUUUAACCAAUCAGAAGUUGAAUGGAUGAAUCUUAAUGAUAUGACCGUAUGCGAUACAAAAGGACAAGAACACUUGAAUAUCUGUACCCUACAAAAUUUUACCACAUCCUAUUUUGGAAAAUGUCGAGUUUAUUGUUCAAUGUCUGGUCCUGUAUGCGGCCGUGAUCUUUAUAUUUAUUAUUCUGAAUGUGCAGCACAAGCAGCCAAUGUUUUUGUCGAUUAUUUUGAUUCGUGUGGAUCAAACAAUAAAAUUCAAGAAAAAUUUUGUCCCACUAUUACAUCAUGUCCGGAACAAUAUAUACAUUGGUUACCAUUUAAUCAAUGUCCAUUCUGUGGUUCGGUUGCAUAUUUCAUUUAUGAUCGAAAUUAUUUCAAAAAAAUUUCCUAUCAAUCCGAUGCAUUGACCAUACAGUAUCUCUUACUAAGGCAAAAAUCGCUAAACAUUAAAACAUUAUCACGUCAAAUUCAAUCAUUGAUGGACAAUAAUGAUUGUCAACUUUCAAUACAUUUAUUAGCACCAGGUUUUGUCACUGUAUUGAUUCGAUCGAAAUUUGAAUCCAAUUAUCAAAAUGAUGUUUGCCAUAAAGAAUUAUUAAGAUUGAUUAUAAUAAUUAAAAAUAGAUCACCUAUUGUACAGCUGAAAUUUCCAUUAUCAUUACUUUAUUAUGAUGAAACAAUCAACGAAAAAAUUCGAUUAUGGUCUUCCAUGUUGGCCGUUAAACAACAACAACAAUGGAGAAAAUUAAAAUUUUCAAACAUUAAUUCCGGAAUCAUGAAUUCAUCGAACGUUUCAUAUACAUUCAUUUUUCUUAAUCUCAUUUUAUUAAUAUUAUUGUAUUGGAAAAAUAUACAAGUUUCAUGA